UUUUGCUUAUCACUCAGGAGUAUGGCAGACGAAGAGUUUCCGUGCCCCUCGUACAAAGUGGUAGUGCUCGGCGACUCGUCAGUGGGAAAGACAUCUCUCGUCCACCGUUUUACCACUGAUGAAUUUGACACCAACUUAGCCAAUACCAUUGGGGCUGCCUUUAUCACCAAGCUCCACGCUUCCAAGACAUCCAGCCGUAAUCUCAAAUUCGAGAUCUGGGACACCGCAGGUCAAGAACGGUAUAAAUCUUUGACUCCAAUGUAUUACCGCAACUCUCGAGUGGCCUUAGUUUGCUAUGACUUGAGUAAUGUUGAUGACAGCUUUGUGAAGAGCAAAUAUUGGAUUGACCAGCUCAAAUUAAAUAAUGAAAGUGUGAGUGAGGGUCAAAUCAAUAUAGUAUUGGUGGGCACUAAAAGUGAUUUGGCAAAUAAACCACACACUACGGUGAUUUCCGAGUUUACAGAAGCAAAUCCUCAUGUAAAACAUUUUAUCACCAGUGCCAAAACUGGCGAGGGAAUCGAAGCUAUCUUCAAUUCUAUAAUAGACAAUAUUCCCGAAGAUUUCUUCAAUGCACACUAUGAGAGUCUUCGACAGCAGGCUGAAAACAACCAGAAAAGCCAAAGUAUAAGCUUCUUGAACAACCAGUUUACUGGUCCUAAUAAGUCGAAUUGUUGUUGAUUCAACUGCUGACUCAACUGUUUUGAUGGAUGUCCCAUUUAUGUACAAUAUUAUUUAAUGCUAAUCUACACUUACAACCCUGACCCCUUUUGCAACCAAUACUCUCGGACCUUUUCCUUAUCCUGGGGCUUUCGAGGCAAGGAGUUGGGCUUCUUUUCGUUGUUGGUUUCGUCAUCGGAGCUGGAAGUCUCGUCUAGGGACAAAUACUUUCCGACAUUCACUUUGGCCUUGGCAGGCUUUGGGGGAAGUGCACUCGAAAACGUCGAGUCUUCUUGAUCACUUUCAACAGUGGCAUCUGAGUAGUAUUUAUGGGUUGGUAGUACGGGCUGCUGAUCGUCUAUUAUUUCGACCUCUUCAUCUUCCUUGUCCGUUACUUCAAUAACCUCAUCAUCAUUAUUACCGUGUUUGACCAAAGCAUGGUUGACAACCAAAUCCCUCUC